UAAGCCCAAACUGAUGAUUUUUUUAAAGGCAAGACAUCAGACAGCAAGACAUCUCAAGUUUGCUUAUCGUCAAUUAUUUAUGCAUUCCCAAUCAUUUCGGACUUUAUGCUCAUAAGACAUUCUUCAUUCAGCCCGUGCCAUAAAACGUAAGCCUGCGGUUACAUGUAUUCGAGAUACCGUCAACAUGAGAAAUCUGCUGUACCUGGUGCCCUUAGCGAUACUUCUACAAGGAUCUCAAACUAACUUAGCAUCAGGAAAUAGCAGAUACAAACAGGCAACAGAAGCCAUGAAUAACUUACUUCGCAACUACGACAAGAGAAUCAGACCGUAUUCGAACACGGACAAACUUAAUAUCACCGUCCAGCUGGCAGUGGAGAGAUUUGGGGAUAUCAGGGAGAAAGAAAUGGAUUUUUCCCUGGACGUCUAUUUGAAUCAGACAUGGCACGACGACCGUCUGAACCACACCCUAGACCAUCCCAUUAUCCUUAGCGGCGAGUUUAAAGGAUCCGUAUGGCAGCCGGACACUAUAAUAUUGUAUGUCCGAAGCUUAACUGUCUACAAUUCUCUAAGUGAGCCGUCCAGUAUUACAAUUUAUUCCGAUGGAACCGUUCGUAGUACCGUGAGACUGGCGUUGGUGAUCAACUGCCUAAUGGACCUACGUGACUACCCGCUGGAUGAGCAGGAAUGCAGUCUCGCCAUGCUCAGCUAUACCCACCAAUAUGAAGAUAUUGUCUAUAAAUGGAGUCAAAAACCCAUCAGCAUCUACGAUCACUUUAUGGAUGAGUUUUCCAUCGAGUCUUACAAGGCGUCGAGGGAGAUCGCCCGUUAUACGUCAGGUAACUGGAGCCGUGUGACUACUACGUUUUUAUUUAAGCGUCAGAUUGAGUACGCUCUCCUGCAGAUUUAUGCUCCCACCAUGCUCAUUGUGUCUCUGUCAUGGCUUUCGUUCUGGAUCUCCAAGGAGGCCGUCCCAGCGCGCGUGACGCUUGGCGUGACAACUAUACUCACCAUCGUCACGCUGAUUGGCUCCUUUAGAUUCCAGUUUCCAAAGGUGUCUUACAUUAAGGCAAUCGACUGGUUCUUCAUUGUUUCCUUCGUGUUCGUGUUUGGUGCUCAGAUCGAAUUCAUUGCAGUACUUCUGCACAGCGUGUACAAACAACAAGUUUCCAUGGCUGUCCCAGAUGUCGAGAAUGGUGUAGCGGAAUCUCCUCGGGAUUUCUCCGAGGUAGACACACAAACUGAAUCCACAAACCAACAAAAUGACAACAAAGAAAGAUCAAACAGCGUCGCCCAAUCCUCGCUCCGACAAAGGAAACCCAAUACGUCACUAAGGAAAACAAAGAGUGCUUUGAAGUUUGCGUUUGUCGAGAACGACUGUGACGUGAUUGAUAAAAUUUCCAGGGUGCUAUUUCCUGUGGGGUACGGUUUAUUUCACGUGACGUACUGGUUUUAUUUCGAAUAUGUCAAAUUCCUUCGGCCCCUUUCCUCCCAUGGCACCACUUCUUCCGUUUGAAAGAAUUUUUCCGAAGGAAAGAGGGCGCAUCGUACGUCACCCCAAGUAACUUUCCUAUCAAAUAAUUUGUGUCUUGAAAACCGUCAUUUUUUUUGUGAUUUUCCUCUUAUAGCAUAGUGUCAUAGUGUAAUCGAGAAACUCUAUGGAAAUGAUUUUCCUGGUCGCUAUCUUGAAGCAGGUCUGGAAAUUUCAGCUGACGCCAUCGCCCCAGGCUCUUUGACUAUUUACAGCUGUUGAUCUAUAUAAAUUUAUACCUAUCGAAACUAGAAAAUAGCUUUUGCGCGUUGUAUGAAAAUUUAAUAACAUAUCACACGCCAGAGUGAAAAAGGUCACGACCAAUUUGUCUUAGCUAAUACUUUCAAAUAUAAAAAUGUAUCUUAAGAAGGUGAAUUGUUAAGCACGAGAAAAUAAAAUAAUGCAGUUUUUAUGUUUUUUUCGAACUCCCAUCGACAAUGUCCAACUGAUAAAUCUUCUUCCAUUCAAACUUCUCGAAGCGUUUUCAUUGGACAGCACUGAAAUGGUUUCCAAUCACACCACCUUGCCGUUAGGCGCAGACCAAUCAGAAAGCACCAAAUAAAAUUCUAUUUAAAUAAAAUGAAAGCCAGAAAAAUUUUCAGCAGUUGGACAUUGUUGAUGAGAGUUUAUAAACAAAUGGCCGUAAACCUUCCUUCGAUCCACAUCAUCGGCUAGGACCUUUUUGGCACCGCCUCGAAUGUGAAAGUCGAUAUGGAAACGUCUGUAAAAUUUAAAACUAUUUUCUAGGUUAUAAUGGACUUUUUUGGGAAACUCUUAACUGUGGAAAUUUAAAGCGCUGUAAAUAAUUUGCUGACAAUUUUGUGAUAUCCAGUCAAUCUUGGCAUGACUUUAUGAUCACGCGCCAGUGUAUGAACAAACUCGUGGAAGCAAAACGUUUCCCUCCCAUCCCCACCCUAGCCAAGUUUGUGCAACCUAGUGAGGUUUACGGUGCCCUCACCUUGUAAAAAGUGUAUCAAUUGUACUCAUUAAAUCGGCUAUCCGUGCUCCGUGGCAAGUGGCCAUUAGAACCUCAA